AUGUCUACACAGAUCCCGUCCAACAGUGGGUACGGCGAUGCCAAAAUCGCAGUCUCAGAUUCGGAAGCUGAUGAUUCUGACGACUCCCGGCGAGGGGGCGUGCAGAGUCACUGGGACCAUCCUAGUAAUCUCGCCACAAAUACUCGACUCAAAGGAGACGCCUUUGAAUGGCUGGUGGAAUGGUGCGAGCAGAAUGCGGACCGGAUCGAAAGUCGACGGGUUCUCGAAAGGAUCCAGAAUGGUCACGAAGUCCGUCGACUUGUACAGGAUCUUAACGACAACGACGAGGAAAUGGAUAAGAUCCUCAUGAACAUGACUCGCAUGAAGGUGAAGAGACGAUCUAUCAAACGCAAGCUCCUUGUUUUGACAGACGAAGAGGGGCUAAUUUCUGAGAAUGGCCUUGCAACGAAGAAGAAAGUCUACUUGUUCUGCACGAUUAUGGCUAGCCCAAAGUACGACUUCCAUCGGUCGGGCAUGCCGUUUGUGAAGACUGAACGAGAACUCGUCCAGUGAGUAUCCUUCCAUAGCUUUUCAGUGUCCAGCAGCUAACACAUUGCGUAGGAUAUAUCACCAGGUCAUGAGCGCCAUGCGUGUCUUGCAUUACGACUACGUAGAAUUGCCAAAGCUUGCAGACAAGAAUUUCAAGCAUCGCAAUCCGUCGCCGGCGAAGUGGAUGGUACUGAAGCCUCCGUUGGGUCGCUUCGAUCUUAGAGGAGAUCAGCUUGAGAACGCCGAAGAUCCCCUGGUACAGAACUAUGUCAGCAGCGAACAGGAUGCUCGUAUGGCCUGCACGGCACUUCAAAAUCUGCUUUGGAAUUGGCAAAAGUCUUGA